GCCUUCUAGAACCGCACGUUUACUUGUUAUUUAUUGAAACCAAAAUAUAAUAAAAGAACUGGUCAUAUUUUUUCUUUACACUUCUAUUUUAAUGUGAAGGCUUGAUAGUAUGGAAUAGAGUCUAAGAAAUACAAACCGCAACAAUAUCUCAAGUAAACUAAGUGUAUUGAAGCUGUUAGUUCAUAAGUACAUGUUUCCUCGUAUGGUGUGCAUGUUAAGUAUAGUUAUUUAUCUAAUAAUACUAUACAAUAUUUGUGCAUUGUAUUAUUUUAUAUAGCUGUUUAUAGUUAAGGUUUUCCGUUUUUUUUCUUCAUUUUUUUGAUAGUGUAGGUAUCACAAUUUAUUUCAAAGAUUUAUUUAAACGUUUUCAAUCUAUUUUUUAAUGCGAAGAAGAUGAACAAUCUAUUACUGAUUUUGCUGGUGAUCACUUUCAAAGUUUCUCUACAAAGUUAUGUAUACCAGACAAAAUAUUUCACCGUGCCGGUUGACCAUUUCAGUUUUACUCAAAAUAACACAUUUCAGAUGAAAUAUCUGAUAAAUGAUUCCUACUGGGAUUCGACCAAUGGACCAAUAUUUUUUUAUACCGGUAACGAAGGGGCGAUUGAAAUGUUUUGCGAAAACACAGGUUUCAUGUGGGAGAUUGCUGAAGAGUUUAAAGCCCUUUUGGUAUUCGCCGAGCACAGGUACUACGGUGACUCAAUGCCUUAUGGGAAUGCUUCGUUCGACGACAAGCAGCGGUUGGGCUACUUAACGUCACAACAAGCACUUGCCGACUACGUGGAUUUGAUUGAGUACUUAAGACAAAAAAAAGUUGAAAAACUACUAACCUCGACUGAUUUUGUCGAGUACGAUACCCAAACGGUGGGCAGUGCGGCCACAAGGUCUAAUCCGGUUAUUGUUUUCGGUGGAUCAUACGGGGGUAUGCUGUCUGCUUGGUUUAGGAUGAAAUAUCCAGCUUCCGUCGAAGGGGCUAUUGCUUCGUCAGCUCCGAUAUGGCAAUUUAAUGGAAUGACACCUUGUAACGCAUUCUAUAGAGUGACGUCAUCUGUCUAUAUGACAACCAGCAAAGAGUGUGGUCAGACAAUUCGAUCUUCGUGGAAAGCCAUCGAUAACGUCACCUCAACAGACGAAGGUAAAGAAUGGUUAUCGAAACAAUGGAAACUCUGUUCGCCUUUAACAAACUCUGAUGACGUGUCAAAGCUAAAAGGUUGGGCUUCUGAAGUAUAUGUAAACAUGGCAAUGAUCAAUUAUCCUUAUCCUGCUAAUUUUUUGAUGCCGUUGCCCGGAAAUCCUAUUAAGGAAUUUUGUAAGCCAUUAACAAAUUCUCAAAGCGACUAUUAUACACUUUUAUCAUCGGUCUUCGAAGGACUGAAUGUGUACUUCAACUACACCGGUUCUUCCCAAUGUCUCGAUGCUCUUUCUACGGCUACACCUAGUCUCGGCGAAAAAGGAUGGAGUUACCAAGCUUGCACCGAGAUGGUCAUGCCCAUGUGCGCUAACGGCAUCAAAGAUAUAUUUGAGACGUCUCCGUGGAAUUUUGACGAUUUCGCUCAACAGUGCUACAACCAGUACGGCGUUUAUCCGGCAAUAGAUCUAGCCAAGAAGAUUUACGGCGGUAAACACCUGCUGGCAUCGUCAAACAUCAUAUUUAGUAAUGGACUAUUGGAUCCUUGGUCUAGCGGAGGAGUGUUGUACAACAUUUCUAAUACCGUUCAAGCUGUCAUAAUACCAGAAUCGGCACACCAUUUGGACUUGAGAGCGUCGAACGCCGAGGACCCUCAAUCGGUGAUCGAAGCCAGGAAAUACUACAAGAACAGUAUUAGAAAAUGGAUCGACGGCUACCGCAAAAACCAGCUAAAUCGAGAUCUAAAUCGGAUCAUCGAUUAUACUAUUGAAGUAGAACUAUUGAAGAACUUAUCGCGCAAAAUGUAAUACGACAAGGCACCAAAGUUGAAAGAUAAAGUCCUUUAAAUUAUAUUUUUCAACGAAAUAAUGGAUAGUUUAUAAUUAUGUUUUUACCUAAUAUUAUAUAAGAAAAAAUCUGGACACAAAAUUCCUAUAACAACAAAAAUUAUUACUAAUGAUAAUACUUUCUAUAAAAAUCUAAUCCGUUACACUGAAGCGUGGUCUCUUUUUUAUUGUUAUAAACAACUUUUAUGCUUGUUUUAUUAAUAUAAAAAAAAAAAAAUCUCAUCCUUGGUCUUACAAUUUUUCCCAAAAAUCCAUAAGACCGGAACCAAUAAAAAUAUGUAAAUUCAGUUGUGUAAGCAAAUGCCUAUAUUAUUAUGUACAUGCAGUGCAGUAAUAGCCUACUAGAUUAAUUCAAACGCGUAGCUAGUAUAAAUAAUACAUGUUAUGGUAGUUGAAGUUUUUUUUAAUUUUUAUUUGAACACUUGUUGGCCACUAUAUUAUCUUAUAUUUGUAUGUUUGUUUCCCUACUGCGUGGUAAUUCAUAAAUACACCAUGUCAAUAUUAUUAGUUGACUGUAUUUUAACUGGGA